AUGUCGGCUGAUAUAAUCCCCAAGAACUUCGAAGCCGAGGAGUCUCCGGUUGAUGAUAAGGCCGUCGGAGAUGUCGUCAAUGCAUCCGGCCACAAGCAGGAACUCCAACGGAACUUUGGUCUCUUGAGUAUUUGCGCCAUCGCAGUGACCACGGGUAACACUUGGAUUGCUCAAGGUGGUAGUGUCACUGUCAACAUCGCUAACGGAGGACCUGCCGGUAUCAUUUAUGAGUUCAUCGCGGUUUCUAUCUGUUACUGGCUAGUGGCCGCUUCGAUCGCUGAAUUGGCAUCUGCUAUGCCCUCAGCAAGUGGAGUUUACCAUUGGGCAUCGGUAACUGCUGGUAAAUAUGGUCGACCUUGUGGAUGGUUUGCUGGCUGGUGGAAUACACUGGCCUGGGUCUUUGGAGCUGCAUCCAUGUCCUCCAUUCUCGGCAAUCAGACAGUUUCGAUGUACGCCUUGUUUCAUCCGGAAUUUGAGCCCAAAGCAUGGCACGUCUUUGUCAGCAUGCUCAUCUGCACUUGGAUCUGCUGCUUGACCGUUAUGUUCGCCAACAAGGUUCUUCCUCAAAUCGGCAACCUCGGCAUGUUUCUCAUCCUUGGUGGUGUCUUUGUCACUAUAAUUGUCUGUGCUGUCAUGCCACAUAUCAACGGACUACCAUAUGCUUCGAAUGAAUUCGUCUGGGCUAGUUGGACUAGCAGCACGGGUUAUUCGAGCCAGGGAUUUGUUUUCGUUGCCGGUAUGCUUAACGGUGCAUACAGUGUCGGCACGCCUGAUGUAACAUCCCAUUUAGCGGAAGAAAUCCCUCAUCCUAGUAGGAAUAUCCCGAAAGCCAUGUUGGCCCAAAUGUCCAUUGGAUUCAUCACCGGAUUUCUCUACAUGAUUGCGAUGUUCUAUUCCAUUCAAUCCCUCGAUGAUGUCCUAAACAGUGUUUUCGGCUUCCCUUUGGCCGAAAUCUAUCGUCAAGCUACUGGAAGCAGAGGCGGUGCUCUCGGGUUGCUAAUUGUCGCAUUCUUGCCUACCUUAAUUACCUGCAUUGGUUGCUACAUCACCGCCGGUCGUACCCUUUGGACAUUGGCUCGAGACAAUGCGACACCCUUCCCUAGCUUCGUUGGACACAUCAACACACGCUUCCACAACCCAUUGAAUGCUACUUUUGUCUGUGGCUGCAUGAUCACAGUCCUUGCUUGCAUUUAUGUCGGUUCAACUACCGCCUUCAACGCCUUUAUUGGAUCAUAUAUUCAGCUUUCUACGCUGUCAUAUUUUACCGCCAUCUUCCCUCAUGUCUUGACUCGCCGAUCUUUGAUCACUCCAGGAUAUUUCCACAUGAAGAACUCCGUCGGUUACGUCGUCAACAUCCUCAGCUGUAUCUAUAUCGUCGCCUUCAUCAUCAUUUUCUGCUUCCCAUACGCCAUCCCUACUAAUGCCAAGUCGAUGAAUUACGCCAGUCUGAUCACUGGCGGUCUUACCAUUUUUAUUGCUAUCUGGUGGUUCAUUCGUCAGCGUGACUAUGUUGGACCGCAGGCUAUUCCGCUCGCUGAUCGGAAAGUUGCGGAGGAUGCGAAAUAA